AUGCGUUUCGGAUCCCAGAUUACUUGGCUUUUGGUCGCCGGAGGUGCCUUGACCUCUGCCCAGAGCAGUUCUUCCUCUGCCGCGAGCAGUUCCUCCACGGGCUGUGCUCUUACCUCUAGCGACACCAAUGUACUCCGGUACACCUAUGCGCUUUCAGGAUUCCUGAACAGCUUCUACGCGUCGACUGCCAUCAACUCAACCGUUGCCUCGCAGGUUUCGAACAGCACCAGCGCUUCGAAGGUUCUGUCCAACUUGCAGGGUAUUCAGCACCUCGACAACUUGACCGUUGAGGCCGUUCGCGAGCUCAGCUCCAAGGCCCCCGGCUUCAGUGCGCCAUCAUGCUCCUACACCUUCCCCACUGUCAGCAACAUUUCUGCGUUUGUCCAAUACGCCUACCAGUUCGAGUAUACCCUCUCUGGUGCUUUCAUCGGCGUAGCUGGCUACACCAAGUCGCCCGAGGUCGCUUUCCUGUUGGCACGUCUCGCUGCUGAGCACAGCGCUCACGCUACUUAUAUCGGUAGCCGCCUGAACUCCACCAUGUUCCAGUCCAGCUCCUCCUCUCUGGUCUCUGCCUACAACCCCGCCCAGGUCCUCGCAUCUGGCAACUCCACUGGCAGCUUGGGAUCUUACUUGGGUGGCUGCGUCUCUGCGCCCUCCAACCCUUGCGGUGCUCUGAAGAUUGGCCCUCUGGAGGCCAACAUUACCUCUAGCGCUGGUGCCAGCUCUUCUACUCCUUUGGGCGGCUCAUCCUCCACCCCUAUGAGCAGUAGCGCUUCCUCUUCCAGCUCCGCUUCGGCCCGCCUGCACUAA